AUGGUCAAACUUUGGGUAGUUUUCGUACUGGUGGCGAUUGUCCUUCCCAAGGACUCGUACUCGCAGCGGCUCCGCUGCAUAAUGGAGCCCGAUCGAAGCUGCAGCCUCUUGGGUGCCAAAGUGAACCCGGACGAAAUCAUGUCGACCGUUUUCAUCACCAGAAACGCAUCCACACUGACCACGGUGCAGUUUAAGCGAUCCUCCCUGACGGCGAUUCCACCGGGCAUGUUUCAGGAUUUCCCCAAGCUCGAAACACUCAACGCAAGCUUCUGCGACGUGAAGCAGGUGCUGGCGAACAAUUUCGGUGAUGCCAAAACCCUCCAGCAGCUCCUUCUCAGGGGCAACAAAAUCCACGAUCUACCCGAGGAGGCGUUCUUCGGUGCGAACCGGCUUCAGUUGCUCGAUCUCUCGGACAACGCCAUCACCAUCAUCGAAAGCACGGCAUUCAAGCGGUUGCGUGAUCUGAAGACACUUCUUCUGGCGAGGAAUCAACUCACCGAGUUGCCACUCUCGCUGUUCGAAGAUCUAUCCGAGCUGGAGACGCUGGAACUGCAGCAGAACAAUCUGGGUGCGAUCGACGAUCAGCAGUUCCAGGAAUGUCACUCACUAUCGAAGCUGAACGUAUCGCACAACGCGCUCAAAUCGUUCGAUCUGAUGCAGUUCGAGCGUCGCUGGUCAUUCGACAUCAUCGACGUGAGCCACAAUCAUCUCGCUUCGGUGCAGGUCCCUUCGAACCUACGUCAGCUCGUGGCCACCGGAAACGGUAUCCGGACGGUUGAAGGAAUUGGUGUUGAUGCUGAAUUGAUUCUGCUCAAGAUGCCCCACAACAAGCUGGCCAGUGUGGACAACCUCCCACCGUUCGAGAAGCUGAUCAGCCUCGAUGUGUCGUACAAUCGGAUCCGUGAGUUUGAUUUCCGUUCGGUCGCGUGCUUCACAAGGCUAAUCCUGCUCAAGCUCGACGGCAAUCAGCUGGAGACGGUGAGCAGCAGUCUGACCGAUGCCAUCCCCCAACUGAAGUACGUACAUCUGGCGGAUAAUCACUUAACUCGGCUCGAUCUGGACAUGUUGUGGCUAGUGCCACGUAUGCUGAAGCUGGAUCUUCACGGGAACCGACUCGAGCAAAUCGACGCUACGAAUCUCUCCGCUUCCUUCCCGCAGCUGGUGCGUAUAAUGCUGGAGGGUAAUCGAUUCCGGUGUGAAGCGAACCAACCGUUGCUGAAGCAGCUCGAAUCGUCCAAUACGGCGUACGCGAUGAACCGCGCCGAUUGCAGUAAAAAUGAGACUCUCGUCGAUGGACUCUGCUGCUCGUAGAUCGUGCGUUUUUGUUGUGUGCACCUUUAGUAAAUUGUUCACU